AUGACUAAGAAGAGGGUGAUGCUGUCAGCAGAUCGUCGGGAGGGUGGGACCUACCUCAGUCUGAUCUCUGCGCUGCUGAUGCAGUACGUGCGUGAGCCGCUCCUCGCACUGAAACUCGGCUCCACCAGUGGAAAGACCCUCACAGCCCUCUACAGCCUCUGCCGUCUGUGGCCCUCUCCCUCACGGCGAACAGAACAGCGCCACCCAAUGGUCAAGGCGAGACACGGGCUUCCGGGAGAACCGUGCGUCAUCACGUAA